AUGCGGCGUGUUUCCGUCUUCUUCUGCUCGGACUGGCGGCUGGCUGCUGCCGCUGCUUCGCACUUCAGCCUGUGCCUGAUCCUUGUGUUCCCACACACACCUUCCUUCAAGAUGGGGCGCAUGCACAGCGGUGGGAAGGGUAUCUCAAAGUCUUCUCUCCCCUACAAGAGGAGCCCGCCCUCGUGGCUCAAGAUCUCCGCCCAGGAGGUCACUGAGCACGUGUGCAAGCUGGCCAAGAAGGGUCUCACACCUUCACAGAUCGGUGUGAUCCUGCGUGACUCCAACGGUAUCGCUCAGGUCCGCGCCAUCACCGGCUCCAAGAUCCUCCGCGUGCUCAAGGCCAACGGCCUUGCCGCCGAGAUCCCCGAGGACCUUUACAUGCUUAUCAAGAAGGCGGUGGCGGUGCGCAAGCACCUGGAGCGCAACCGCCGCGACAAGGACUCCAAGUUCCGCCUUAUUCUCAUCGAGUCUCGCAUCCACCGCCUGGCUAGGUACUACAGGACGAACCGCAAGCUGGCAGCCAACUGGAAGUACGAGUCCUCCAGCGCCAGUGCCCUGGUCGCUUAAGACAAGGGCCGUGCCCAAUGAUGGUUGACCGCAACUCCGUUGUAGAAGCAGGCAGAAGCUCUCGUCGGAGAUGAUGCAUGAGAAAAGCCGAUGUUCCCUUUUGUGUUCCGAUUCCCUGGCUUCAGAUGUUGCUGACUUGGAUGAAGAUUUGACGCUAACGCGUUAAGGGGGCAAACGGAGUUUGGUUGCUCCGCUGGGAGAAACCUAUGGUUUUCUUGUACGCGACGAGACAAAGCGGCCUCGUGGUAGCGGCAGUGGCGGUGCGAACGGCCCCCCAAGAAGGGAGGGAAAGGCGAGGCGAAGCAAAAAAUGAAGAAUAAAGGAAAAAAAAUAAUGCAAUCCUCAUGAGCGCAGUGGCCGCGGCGCCGGUGGCGCAUACGCGAUUGUCAGCGACGGUGUUACUUGGUGCUCUGGGCCAAUUGUGGCAUUGGGAUGGAUGGUGAUACCCUGGUGCCCGAGUGGCCUUUGUACUCGGUCGACCGGGCGCAGUGGAUUGAAACGACAGCUGUCCAUACCGUCGGCUAUGAUCCUCCUAUCUUCGAGCAUUACUGUUGAGCGUCACUUGCGCUGGGUCUAGCCAUCAACACUAUCCAUUCACGUCCACGCACACCCCGCUGCGGUUUUCGGGACGUGUCUCGUGCUUGUUGCUGUUGGGAGGCUUUUCUCUGUCGUUCGGAAUCAGCUUGUAGCAACAGAUGAUUCGCUGUUGUCAGUCGUUCUUGAAUCUUUUUAGGCAGGGUUGAGGGUGCGCCACACCAAGGGCGCAGCGAACACCGACGUGUAGAGCAUCGCCGUUGAGCUGGGCUGGGCAUGGCUGCCUUGAAUAAGGACCGCGCACAACACACGGAUCCCUCCCUCGUCACGGUACCCUUUUUUGCUGCGGAAAGCUCUGAAACACGCCGGUUGACUGGCCGAACAAUCUCUGCGUGGAAAACUUUUUUUCACGAUGGGAGCAGUGUUCUGCCAAUUGGCGUUACUUUCCCGACUUUGUUCGGCUUCCAGUAGUCUACGCAGCAAAAUUGAUUAAGCAAACAUAUGGG